AUGAAUUCCGACAAUAAAACACAGGAAGCAGUUUCAAAGAAAGUACAGGAAACAGACGAGAAAGCACACAAGCAGGUUCAGAUGAUGCAGCAGUCAAAGCUGGGCCAGAUGGUGCCAACACAGUUUGAAAAAGUGGGCAUAAAGCAGAUGGCAAUGGUGUCUCUUAUUUUAAACGCAGCGAUUUACAUAUACGUGUAUGCGCUGUAUAUAGCGCUGUAUUCGACAAAAACAGAAGACUCUUUCGCCAGCUCGGUCUACGGCAUUAUUCUAGGCGUCGUUUAUCUUUUGAGUUUUUGCCACGAUCUUUUCGUAUACUACUUUAACAAGAGCAGCAUGCUGCUUUCCUUCUUGGGGAUUCGGCUUCUCAGCUUGGCCGUCACUAUUCUAUUCGUGUUCUUCCUCACUGGAAACGCAGCCACCUUCCUGUUCAAACUGUUUAUAGUAUUUACAAACAUUCUGUUCUGUCUGAUGUACAUGUAUAUAUUUUCCAUAUACAUUUCAAACAUGAAAACAGGAGGAUCUUCCAGCAGAGGCGACCAUCAGGAGGUAUAA